AUGACCCCACAAGAGCGUGAUUUUUUUAUUAAUAACGACAAUCCAACACCAGUAGAGUUUUUUAAAAGGUUCAAUUACACGUCAAAGCAAACAGCUGUUUCGAAAUGGCACUCAGUUCUUAGCGCGCUCCUCAAAGUUUAUCCAGACGAACCCAAAUUUGUUGAUAUCUACCAAAAUUACAUAAAGAAUAAAUAUAAGCAAGCUAUCGAAGAUUAUUUUAAAUCAUCGUCUGCUUCUAUUCUUGACGAGGAAAAG